CAUCAAGUGAAGCAGAGCAGCCACCAUACAGUAAACCAGGUCUUCCUUUUGUUUAAGACAAACAUGGAAAUGAGGAAAGAAUCGAAAUCUUCAAAAUCCAGAACGAGAUCGAUACAGUCUCCCACACCAACUACUGUCUCAUCAUCUGCAACAGUUCAUCAGCCUCCUCCUCCUCCUCCACCACCAGGGGGCAUUCCACCACCGCCACCAGGGGGAGCUCCACCUCCACCACCUCUAGCACCUACACAAACCACAGCACCAUCUUCAGGAGGGAGGGGAGCACUACUGGGUGACAUCAGGAAAGGAAUGACACUGAGGAAAACGGUCACCAAUGAUAGAAGUAACCCCAGGGUGUAGACCUUUCAGAUGACCAUUGUCCAGUAUGGCUCAGAUGACCAUUUGUCCAAUAUGGCUGACCAUGAACCAGAUGGAUUUAGGUGCAGAGGUUGAAGGAGCAGAUGUGUGCUUGGGUUGAUAAUUGAUGAUAUGUUAACUGAUGCAAUAUGGUGCAAAACGACAGAAGGAACAACCUGCAAAGUUUAAAAGUUCUCAUGUUUUUAUUUGUCACCAUUUCUUUGCUGUCUCAAGUUUUAAAAUAUUAGAACUUGAAAUUUACACUGUUAGAAAGUUAGUUUUGGCCAGGGCUUGUUAUAUUAUUAUUAUUAUAAAUGAACACAUAAAUACAGAAUUCUGUAUGCAACUUUUUACAUAUGUAUAGGAAUAAUGAUAUUACUGGCCUUAAUUAUUAUGUUUUCGUUUUAGUUUUUAAGAGGGUUUCUUCAAUGCAGCUUUUUUGUUUAGGCAAUAAACAUACAGUAUGCUUCAGGUAUUUUAAGGCUUACUGUUACCUGCAACGUUUUGCUUUAAUAGUUAAUACCAGUAGUUGGGAUGUAAUGACAAACUAGUGGCUAUAGUACUAGUUAAUAUACACUGCACCAGGUGGCAGGUCAGAGCAUCUUAAUGUUAUUGUAUAGGUACAGUUUUUGUACCAGUACAUGUACCUGAAUGUACAGUUUAUCUCUUUGUGCACAUUGAAGAAUUUUAAAAGCAUCUUUGUUUUAAUCAAUGUGUAAUACUUACCUAAAUGCUAAUUUAAAAGUGGAUUGAAGGUUUUUCUUUUUAAUUAAGUUUUAAUACCCAAGAAGAAAAUAACAAAUUUUGCAGAAAGGUUUUUUUUUUUAUAAAAAGAAGGACAGAUACUAUUGGAGUGCUUUACUGUUUUACAUGUAUGUGCUGUUGAUUACCCUGUCACUACAUGGUGAGGAGGGUGACAAUUGCACAUGUUUGUUAAUUACCAGUGGCUUGAUCUUGAUAUAUCUGUUAAUUAGGAAUUAACAUUGUUCACCACAUUAAUAAAGAAAAUGAGAAAAUACACAGCAUUUUAUUAUUUAUUUGUUAUCAAG